AUGCACCGCGCCCGCACCGUCAAUCUGACCUCCGACGAGAUAGUCGAAGUGCGAGCCGCCCAGCGCACCUUCGAGGGCGCCUACGUCCGCACCGCCCUGUCCCAGUUCUCCUUCGCCCUCGUCGUUCUCAAGAUCUUCACCAACGAGUUCUACAGCACCGGUGCCUUGUUUGCCAUCUACGGCACCGGCGUCCUCAUCAUCGGCCUUUUCCGCCGUCAGCAGGGCAACCGCCAGUUCUUCUCCGAGGUGGGAGAGGACGGCGUGCAUCGUCACAAAUUCCGCACCAGUGGCAACGCCGUCGUCGUCCUGACCGCUCUGAGUAUCGCCGCCUACGCCACGCUCAUCGCCCUCACCGUGCGUUUAGACCGUUAG